AUGAGACAGGCGAUCUUUUCUUCGCUGCAGGACGCGUCGGGCUUUCUUGCCCGGUACAUAGUGGACCUAAUUAAUGACUUCUCGCCAUCGGCUGAUCGGCCUUUUGUUUUGGGCCUCCCGACAGGCUCUUCGCCGGAGGGGAUCUACUCCCGGCUCGUCGAGUACUAUAGAUCUGGGCGUGUGUCGUUCAAACACGUGGUCACUUUCAACAUGGACGAGUAUCUCGGCUUGUACCCUACCCACCCUCAGCUGUACCUGUACUUCAUGUACGACAAGCUCUUCAACCACGUAGACAUCCAGCGAGAGAACAUCAAUAUUUUAGACGGGCUUGCUGCGGACCCUGACCAGGAAUGCUUGCGCUACGAGGAGAAAAUCAGGCUGUAUGGCCGGAUCCAUUUUUUCUUGGGUGGAUUGGGGCCCGAGGGCCAUCUAGCCUUCAACGAGGCGGGUUCUACCCGUGACUCCGUCACGAGACGCGUGGAUUUGGUGGAGCUGACAAUAGCCGCCAAUGCCCGCUUCUUUCAAAACGAUCCGACGAAGGUGCCUAAACAGGCGCUCUCGGUGGGAAUCUCCACUAUUUUGGACAACACCGAUGAGAUUGCCAUUAUUGUGUUGGGUGCCGGCAAAAGAUACGCUCUAGAGAAGACCAUCCAUGGCCGCCAAAACGACCCUCGGUUCCCUUCCCUGUUUCUUUCCGGCCAUGCCAAUGUGUUGCUUGUGUGCGAUCAGGCGGCGUACGGCCUCACGCCCAAGUUAUGA